AUGGCAACUCUUGCAUCACUGGGUAUCAUGUUGGCGCUUAUACAAGCCGUGACUGAUACUGUACAGACUGAAAUGAAUGGAAUUCAUCGCGUCGAUCCAAAGUCCCUGGAGGCCAUUCCAAUUCUGUCUACAAGUGUCCUUGGGGCCCGCUUACUCAAAGCCAUCCUCUCCCAGCGAAACCGGGUCUUCGCAUCUCCGCUCUCAAAUCUUGUGCCUACCAUUGCCAUGGUACACAGCACAGCUACCGAAUAUUCUGAUAUUCCUGUUGACUUAUUGUCUUCCGGCGAUUGCGUUAUUGUGAGCCAGGGAGAGCACAUACCUUGUGAUGGAAUAGUCGAGAGCACGGAAUCGGCUCUAGUCAUAGAGACUUGGAUCAACGGCUCAUUGGAGCCUAGACUGGUCGAAAACGGCGAUGCUGUAUAUGCGGGAGGUCAGGUACAACAAGGAUCGAUCGUCUGUAGGGCAACAGCCUGUGGGCGUUCGACUCGCCUAGGUCAACUCCUCACGUCCAUCGUAACGGCGGAAAUGGCCAACUCAGAGCCCCAGCUUCAUCGUGCUACCUCAUGGUUCUCAAGUGCAGUUAUCCUGAUUACAACAUGCAUACUCACAUUUUAUCUCGUGUUCACCAAGGGCAGCUGCUGGGCUGAUGGGCUGGGCCGAGCUUCAGCGUUACUACUAGCUGCUUGCCCGUGCUCACUAAGUUUGAGCAUUCCAACUUGUAAACUACUUGCUACAGUGCGAGCAUCGAAGCUUGGAGUCCGGUUGGUGACUACCUAUUUGAGGCUGCGAAACGCUACCUCAGCUCGAACUAUUCUCUUUGACAAGACUGGUACGCUCACACAUGGAGAUCUGAAAGUGACACAUACGAACUUCUCUAAGGAGUGGUAUUCAUCACAAAAGCAAGACAUAUUGUGGAGGGUUGUACAAGAAGUUGAAGCUGGGAACACCCACCCAGUUGCCCGAGCGCUUUUCCAAGAGAGUCAAUCAAGGAUAGGAGAGAAGCAAGAGUAUUUACCUAACUUGGUGGUAUCGGAAAUCAACCACGAACUUGGUCGCGGCGCUCAAGCGUUUGUGACAGCCACUCAGCCGUUGUCUGAGUCCGGUGGAGUGUUCGCCACUUGGAAGUUGGCAAUUGGAAGCCGUGCUUAUAUCGAGAGCCUCGGAGUUUCCAUCGAUCUCUGUCAAAUUCCCGUGGAAAUGAGAAAUGGAAUUACAACGGCUGUUGUGCUGGCCGUUGAUGGCAAACAGGCUGCUGUAUUUGUACUCCAAGAUACAGUCCGUUCCAAUGUUCAUCAAGUCAUACGACAAUUGAAAGACAUGGGUCUGGCUGUUGGAAUGAUUACUGGGGAUAACGCAGUCUCAGCUACUUCUGUCGCUCGUGAAGUAGGCAUUGAUUCAGACAUGGUAUUCUCCAAUGCCCUUCCAGAAGAAAAGUCUUGCAUUCUAGCCCGCUUUCUUGAACGUGGACCGGCUAUCUACGUGGGUGACAACUACAACGACAUUUUAUGCUUUGCAUCUGCAUCAUUUAGCAUAUGUGUCGCAGGCUCAGAUAUAAAGUCUGAUGAUGCUGACUGUGCGGAUGCGACGGUGACCUCGUCGGAGACCUCUCCGCUGAGUCGAAUUCCGUUAAUGAUACUCUUGGCACGGCGUGUCAGAAGCAUUGUGAUACAGAACAAUUGUUGGGCUGUGGUUUACAAUGUCCUAUCUUUAGCCCGUGCACUUGGUGUUGGUGAGAUAACACCACCUUCUCCGGUUUGGUCUAGUAUCGGAAUGGGGCUCAGUAGUGCUGUUGUGCUAUGGAAUAGCUCAAGGGUAAAUGAGGGACAAGUGGGUUGA